CAGUUUCCAGGCGGCCGCCAGCGGGCGGCGAAAGCGCCGGCUGGCCGCGGCCUCUCUGUGUCCCUUCUCGGGGCGGUGCCGAGGGCGGCCACUGUCCCGGUCCACUCCGUUCUCUCGGGUCCGCCCUAGGCUUGUGCCUCCGGCGGCGGCGAAUCUGCCGGGCCGAUCCCGCCGCUAGCGCGGUUUGCUCGGUUGUCAGGGAGAAGCAAGAUGGCGGCCGCGGCGACGGAGGAGGACACGGAGCUGCGGGACCUACUGGUGCAGACGCUGGAGAGCAGCGGGGUGCUCAAUAAGAUUAAGGCAGAGUUACGAGCAGCUGUGUUUCUGGCAUUAGAAGAACAAGACAAAGUAGAGAACAAAGCACCUCUGGUAAAUGAAAGUUUGAAAAGUUUUUUAGGUACAAAGGAUGGUCGCUUGGUAGCAGGUCUUGUUGCAGAAUUUCUACGUUUUUUCAAUCUUGAUUUUACUUUAGCUGUUUUUCAGCCUGAAUCAAGCACACUAAAUGGUCUUGAUGGUCGAGAAAACUUAGCUCGAGAUUUGGGAAUUACGGAAGCAGAAGGUACUGUGGGUGGCCCCCUGUUGUUGGAGGUUGUUAGGAAGUGUCAGCAGAAAAAGACUUCAGGUGGUGGAGGAGUGGCUCCAGUUCUAAAUGACAGCCAGUGCCCCACAUCAAAAUCAUCUGAUGGACAGUCAAGUGCACACUCUAUACCAAAUAAGGCUGCUGAAAACACUCAGAGUGAUACAAGUGUCUCAUCAGGGGAAGCAAGCAAAAGAAGUAUUCAUUUUUUGCCUAAUGAAACAAAACUAGAUCCUCAACUAGAAAACAAAGACUUGAAUACCAAAGAAAAAAGUGAUCCAGUUGUGGAUGAAGAUGAUGUAGAGGGAGAUUCUUUCUUUGAUGACCCUGUACCCAAACCAGAAAGAACUUUCAGCUGGAAAACUGAGGCUAAUAAAGCAGGAGGUCUAGCAUCCCUUUCUGAUGCCCCGGCUUUAAAAAGUGGGUUAAGCUCCCUGACUGGUGCACCUUUGCUAAAGGAGUCUGAUAAUUUGGAUAGAAACUCUGUUUUAAAAGACCUGCGGUUGGUGAAUGCAAAGCUGGGAUCACUAGAAUUAGGAAAUGGAGAUGAUGAUGAAUAUGCUGAUGACUUCAACAGUACAAGUCAUCGCUCAGAAAAAAGUGACAUCAGUAUUGGUGAAGAAAUAGAUGACAUUUCUGUGGGAACAGAAGAGUCAAAUGCCAGUGAUAAACUUGAAAGCAUCACACAAGACCUUACCAUUUCUCAGUUAAGCGACGUUGCAGAUUAUCUAGAAGAUGUGGCAUAGAAUUGGACAGCAAAAAUCUUUCAUUGUGCUGGACUAGAAGACUGCUGUGGACUAUUAAUUUCCGACAAUCACCUUUUGCUGGAAUGUCCACUCCUUAUUUGUGCCUUGUGUUUCAAAAAUACUGUAGGUGAAGAAGGUUUUUAAAUAUUCUGAACAAGAACUAAAUGAAAUAGUGUGUUCCCAUUUGAGUUUGAUAUCAGAAUUACUUUCUUCAUUUCAUUCAGCCAAACCUUUCACAGAAGGACAUGGAUUUUCUAGGCAGAAUGUCCGUUGCUGGCAGUGGACAUAAUAAAAACCAUUUGGUAAGAGAACAUCGAGAAAGAGGCAUAUGGCUUUAUAGUGAACUUGCACUGUUAUUUUAACAGUCAGAUUUUUUUUGAAGAUAACCAAAGCAAGAACCUUCAAAGGUAGUUGUUCAACUCACACUUCUUUUUAACACAACCUUGUCAAGUCAGCCUGUAGUCUUUAUUUAUGGUAACUCUAGCCACAAUAUCUAAUUACUCCAGACUUACUUGAAACUGCUCUUUUACAGACUCCUCUGAAAGUUGGACAUAACCUUUUUUAAAGGCAUAUUAAAUUGAGAGUAUCUAAACUCUUAAACCUAAAUUUAGCUAUAUUUAGGAGCUAAAUUUAGCACUAGUCUUAACCCAGAAUAUUCUUGUUUAAAUAUGUUUGUCAGACUGUUGAUGGUAGACCUAAGCUGUUUUUAUAUAUGAUAAUUUAAUCAAUGUUAUCUGUUGUUAAAUCACGAAAAAUAAUUUUGUAAGGAUUCACAAAUCAGUAAUUAAAUCUUAUGGGGUAAGUUUUUAACAGUGUGUAGUACUUAGUGGAGCUUUGAUUUUUGAGGGUUCUUCAUGUGCUGUAAGAUCACUUUCAUUCUUGAAAAUAUUUUAAGUGAAAAUGAGCGCCAAAAAGUGAAACUACUAAACUUCUGCUUUUCAGAUUCUGACUGCUGUACAAAGUUCAAUGCAAAUAUUUAAAAAUACCAUACUGAAGACAUUGUGGACACUAAGUUCUAGCUAAGAGCAAAUUCUUGUAUUUUCAUGAUGCUCUUGCAGAACAGGGUCAGUCGUGGCAUGGUUGACAGUUCUUCAGCUAUACUGUUGCGAGUGGCACUGCUAUAAUGUGUAGGUCAUGAACAUUUGUAAUAUUGAAACAAGACUUCAAAAUGUGCACUUUCUGAACAUUGUGAACACAUCUGGAAAACAGACGUGUAAGUGAAUAGAAAUAAUUUUAUUUUAAACAUAAUUUUCUUUUUUUGAGGGUUUGUAGUUUUCUUUUUCAGGAACACUGUUGGCCCGUCAUCUGUAGUCACCACAGUGGAAGUAGCAUGCUAAACUAAAGCCAUUGGUUAAGCAUAUAAAGCUGCUACUAGCACUAGAAGCUGACUUAAAUUUUUUUUGCACUGGGCCAGCAGGCCUGGAGCAGUGCUGGGAAGUUAGGCUUGUACAUUACAUAAAUUAUUUGAGAGGAGACAGCAAAAGUGUGCCUUUUAUUUAUGUGCACCCCAAAAAUAGCCAGCAAAAAAGCAUCAGAGUAUUUAGUCAUGGUGUUGACUUUUAACUUUGUGCCAUAUUGUAGCAGCUGAACACAGAGCUCUGAGAAUUUUUUUCACCCCAGGAAGUCAAUGUGCCGUAACUUCAAAUAGCUGUAACACGUGAUAUAACCUGUAAAAAAUUCACUUAAGGUUAGGGGAACCUGUGCCUCAAGAUAAUGUGUAUGAAAAAGUUUGGAUUAGACUUUCUUUCCUUUCUUUUUUCCUUUUUUCUUAAGAAGAGUAUCAGCAUGUCUGAAGGAAAUAAAAUUUCACAUGAACAGUUGCUUUUGGCAUUCAUUUUUAAGGUGUAUGGAAUAAUGCAGAGGCAGAGUUGUUUGCUUUCUUACAUGCCUUGGGAAAACAUGAUGUUCCAUUACCUUAUAGGUGUAGGAUAUGUGGCAAUUUAUCAUACCAAAAGAAACCAAAACUUUAUUAAAAUACUUCUAAUUGCAUAUGAAGAUGUGGCCUUUUCAUUAACUAAUUAGAUAUUUUAAGUGUUAACAUGACUUGUGUUAACAGCCAAGUAUUGUUCUCUUACCUUGGGAGUUAAUUGGAGACCUUGCACUUUGGCUCUAAUUGAAGGAAAUACCAAAAAGUGGUAUGUCUCCAUGCUGUUCCUCCUGUGAACUUUUACUGAAUUGUGUAUAAUAAUUCAAAUUGUAAAAUAAAACUAUUGUGCUGGCUAAA